UGUUGGCGAAUAAACAAGAGAUGUCCUGCAGCGAACUUUUCUGAAGAAACUCGAAAAUUAUGAAAAGAUAUUCGGACAUGUAGGUUAGGCAGUAAAAAUGGAGAACCGAAUGUCUAAAUAUAUGCUUUCAGUACAUCAGUUUUACAGGACGUGGAGGAAUAUUUCUUUAAAAACUCAAAAGCUGACUCCGACACCUCUGUGGUGGUUGUGCUCGUGUUGCUGUCACACGGGCACCGAGGUCAGGUUACAACUGAACCAGCAAAAAGGACCCAACAGUAACCAGGUACCAAAAAGACGCAAAAAAGAAAAAUCUUCAUGUCAGCAAGUACUGGAUCUGUUUGACCAUCAGUACAGUCAGGAACUCGGAGACUUGUGGCCACCUGCAAGAGCAGUGCUCCUGGACCCGUCCUCUUGGCAGUAUGGGGUCAUGCUCAACCGCUUCAGCACUGUAACAGACAUCACACAGAUUCUCCAAUCACAGGGUUUCUCCUCAUUGCUGCCACAAACGGAUGUGUCCACAUUGCUUUGUAAUGGCCCCUCAACGGUGUCAAAUUCUAAACACCAAGCAGGAAAAGACUCACUUUUGCCACCUCACUACAUCUCCAAGUGCCCCCCUAAUGACUCCCAUCUCCAACCUGACAGCAUGUCUCAUGCACCCGGUCAGGACUUUCAAUCAGAGCCUUCUCUCACUUUCCCCCGUCCCUCAUUACAGUGUUACAUCCACCCAUAUCCACUACGGUUUCCCUCCCAGGCCCAUAGGCCUGGCCAGCUGAAGCAGUACUACCUCCUGAAUGUUGCCUCCCUUCUUCCAGUGCUGGCUUUGCAAGUCAAAGAUGGGGAGAAGGUUUUGGAUCUUUGCUCUGCUCCUGGGGGCAAAGCCUUAGCCAUAAUGCAGUGUGCCAACCCAGCGCUUCUCUGCUGCAAUGAACCAGACCCUCACAGACGGAACUGGCUGGGAAAAACCCUGGAGUCUUUUCUGCCUCGCUCACUAAACAGCAGAGUGAUUGUCUCUGCACAGGACGGACGGUGUUUUGGGCAAAGUGAAGCAGGGACGUAUGACAAGGUUUUAGUCGAUGCGCCAUGUUCUAAUGACAGGAGCUGGUUGUAUUCUUGCAGCAGCCAGCAGGGGGAAAAGAGACUGAAGGACAGAGCCUGGCUGCCUGCGCUCCAGGCUCAGCUGCUUAGGUCUGCACUGUCAGCAGUAUGUCCAGGGGGCGUCGUGGUCUAUUCAACUUGCACACUGUCCAGCUCUGAGAACUACUCUGUGGUUGAGAGGGUGCUGAACGACUGUCCAGAGGCUGAACCUGAAGACCUGUGGGAGGAGAUUGCAGUUCCUUUCUCAAAAUACUUUGCAUUUAGUCCUGCUCACCCUGGUCAUGGAGGAGAGACACUUCACAAGCCAUCCCUGCAGCCACAGAACGGCAAUGUGUCCUCUUAUCACCACAGACUCGGCAUUUUAGUGGUUCCUCACCGCGGUAAGACCUGGGGACCCAUGUUUUUGUCUCGGAUUAGAAGGAGGAAAUAGUGUGUAUCCUUAUGUGCUGAAAAGAUAAGCGGAAACAAAUGGCUUAACAUACACUUCACUGCUACAACUUCUGUUACCAGUGGGUUUUUAAAGAUGCAAAGCAUUUCAUGGAACUGGCUCGGUAACUCACACUGUAAACUCUACAUGGUGGUAAUUUUAGCAGACAGGCAGAUGUAAACAGGUUGAUGUCAUCGCAUGCAGGCAAAGAAGGACCCUUGCUCACAUCAUUCCUCCACCUUCGCAUUGAUUAAAGCGGCUAUAAUCAAUACUUUUAUCAUAAGAACAAGAAUGAAUCAGAUGACAGUGUGAAAACAGUAUGAAAGGCAGUGUUAAACCUACAGAGAAUUAUCACCUGAAUCUGCAGCAGCCCUCGCCUUUACGGACCAUUUUAGUGUUAUACCUCAAUGUUUAACUUGACAGUAUUUAGCAGCUCAGAGCCAAAUAUUUUCCGCAUGAGUUGGUAGAGACCAAAACAGAGCUAAAAGAGAGAGAAUAUUGGGAUAUGGUUCACCUGGUGACCAGAAGCAUGACUCCGAAUGAAUGAUAAUGUUGCUCUGUAAUUGCCGCAUGUGUAAUAUGUCAAUGUUGUGUUCAGAGCUUUUUUCUGCAGUGGGCAAGUGGUCUAAAAAAAUAAUGAAGAGCAGGUCUUCUUUUAGCCUCUGCAACAACCCCCUUUAAUUUAACGUUUUAUUAUCAUUAUUUAUUAUUGAUGUUUUUAUGUAAACUAGUGACACAGCAGAUGUACAAUCAGAUGGUAUUGAACAUUUAAAGUGCUUCACAUUAAUAACGCUGUGUGUCCACGUUGUACUGUAUAAUAAAAUUGAUUUGAAUUGAACACCAUAAGAC